AUCUACGUAAAGAGCGUAAGAGCUGCGCUGUUCCGGAUAUGAAUGACUUCCUGAGCGGGCACGCGGGCUCCUCUGGUCCAACCUCCACAUUCAUCCAUCCAUUCAUUCAUUCAUCUGCUCCAGUGGCACCUGAGGACGUUCUCCUCUCCGACCCGGACUAUACCACCUACAGACCCCCCCGGACCCCCGGACCCCCCACAGAACCCGUCAGAAGCAGCAGGAUGUGGAGUGACAAGAAACCGAGUCCGCCCACAGACCGGGCUCAGGCUGUGGCCCUCAUCAUCUUUGUUCUGGGUGUGGGAACUCUGCUGCCCUGGAACUUCUUCAUCACGGCCUCACAGUAUUUCAACCACCGCCUGAUGUCCAACGUCUCCUCACACGAGUCCCUGAUGUCCAACGUCUCCUCACACGUCUCGUCCAAACAUUACAACUAUGACAACUGGAUGGUUCUACUGUCCCAGCUCCCCCUGCUGCUCUUCACCCUGCUCAACUCCUUCCUCUACCAGUGGGUGAAGGAGCGUUUCCGUGUGGCCUUCAGCCUCGUCGCCAUCUUCUUCCUCUUCUCCCUCACCGCUACUCUGGUCAAGGUCGACAUGACGCCAGACGCCUUCUUCUCCGUCUCCAUGGCAACUGUCUGGUUCAUCAACAUGUUCGGGGCCGUGCUGCAGAGCAGUCUGUUCGGGGUGGUCGGCCUCUUCCCUCCUCGCUACAGCACGCUGUUCAUGAGCGGUCAGGGUCUGGCCGGGAUCUUCGCUGCCAUCGCCAUGCUGGUCUCCAUCCUGAGUGAACCUGACGAAAAAUCAGCUGCUCUGGGAUACUUCAUCACUCCAUGUGUGGCCACUCUGGGGACGCUGCUCUGUUACCUGCUGCUGCCCCACCUGGACUUUGCUCGUUUCUAUCUGAGCAGAGGACAGCGUGAGGAGGAGGAGACGCCCCAGGACCUCCUCAGCAGCACAGGUCAGUCCUCUCACUUCAUUCAUUCAUCACGACACCUACUCGUGUUUGUUUUAUUAAUGUUCUUUCUUCUCAAACACAAACCAGGCGUGAACAAAAAAGACCUGGAGGCCAAAGGCCAGGUCCUCAUCAAACCAGAGCAGAGUCAGGAGCGUUCCUCCGUCCUGGCCGUCUUCAAGAAGAUCUGGCCCAUGGCUCUGUGUGUGACGUGUGUCUUCGCCGUCACUCUGUCGGUGUUUCCUGUCAUCACGGUCCGAGUUAAGACGGUCUACGAGGACAACGCCAGCUGGAACAAAGUGUUCACCUGUGUCUGCUGCUUCAUCGUCUUUAACCUCAUGGACUUGGUGGGACGCAGCGCCCCGUCUCUGGGCCAGUGGCCGUCUAAAGGGAGUCCUUUGUUUCCUGCCGCCGUGUUGUCUCGUCUGGUUUUCAUCCCUCUGCUGAUGACGUGUCACAUCGAGGGCUCUGACAUCGUCCUCUUCAGACACGACUUGGCCUUCAUCAUCAUCAUGGCCCUGUUCUCCUUCUCUAACGGAUACUUGGCCAGUCUGUGCAUGGCCUACGCUCCACAGUUGGUCCGGACCAAGGACUGUGAGACCGCCGGGUCCCUGAUGACCUUCUUCCUGGUCCUGGGUCUGGCUCUGGGGGCCUCGCUCUCCUUCCUGCUGGGUACGCUGGUCUAGACGACGGACAUCCUGGAACUAGUUUGAGAAAUCUGUCAUGAUGGAACAAAGGGAAACAACACAUGAAGAUGAGCUGGUGUCAUGACUUAUUCUCAGGUUGAACUCAGUUGAAUUUAUUGAUGCAGCUAAACUCAUACACUGUGCUUUUUAUUACUAAUGCAUUUAAUAUUUAUCUAUCGUGUAUUUCGAUGUCUUUUUUAUAUGGAUGUAUAAAGUGAUGCUCUCGUUUCAUUUUUAUUGCUUAUUUUCUAUUUAACUUUCAUAAUAAAAUGUUAAAGUGUG